AUGGCGCCAAAACGUCGAUACGCUGACUAUGAAAGCAUUGACCUCACAUCGUUGCCAUCAAGCCCGAAAAGACCACGCGUUUCCGCCAGCAGCAGUGCAUUCCGAGCAAAACCAAAUCCUGUAGCAUCGAAGCCACACGUGCGUUACAAACAGCAUGCCGAGUCUGGAGUUGGCAAGGAGUUCCAUUCGGUCCCGUAUCCGUUGUCUCUGCUUCCUAAGAGGUCGUGGCAGGCUUUGAAUGAUGGCGACACCGAUGCUAAGAUCUUCUGCUCGCAAUGCGGAAAAGAGCGAGUCGCGAGCGUGCAUCAAAGGAAGCUAUUCCUGGUUGCGGAACGGCUUAGCUGGGAGGUAGGGACGACGAGCAGGAAGCAGCGCGAACAGAAUGAGGUCGCGACAUGGGCCGUCAAUGCUGAGUUGAGCAUAUUUGACCCGGUAGUGGAUGAGGACGAGGUUAUCGUUGGAGGGCGUUGCAGUAGAGAGAAAACGUGCUACCCGUACAAUACCCAAGAGGAGGCAGAUGCAGCUAUGAUGAUAGUAGAGAAAGCUGAUCUCCUGAGCGAGGGAAGCUGGCGAGUCUGGAUGCAAACAAUUAACGCGAAGCUGCAAGAGCUGCCGAAGAACAAGUCCGGAGCCGAAGUCUAUCGCCAGAAAACUGGAUCCAUUUCACCGAAUCGUAGAGCACUUAGUGACCUCAGCCCGGAUACACCACCCGAACGAAGCUCGCAAAGCAAGAAGGGCAAGAGCCCAGCUAGUCAGUCUUCGUCUCUGCCAACGCCACCUUCCUCGACGGAUGAUGAAGAUCGCCAUGUAGAUUCAAAGCCCGUAAAAUGCAGCUUUCAGACCCUGCAGGACUUCUACAGCCUGCUCGAUAAGAUUGAGAGGACCUCACCACAAGCUGCCAGGUAUCUGGAAGCAUAUGCUGAGCAGUUGCACAAAGAUGGUUGUAAAGAUUGCUGGCUCAAGCAGACUAUCGUUGAAUUGCCAGACUGGCUGGAUCUCGACUUCAAUGGGGAGUCGGGUGAGGAAAACGAGAUGGAAGCGGUGAAUCAAAAGGAUCCAAAAAAUGCUUCGAAACGGAAUAUGUCAAAUACACCGACACCUACUGGGCCGACCACACACCCUCGUGCACCCCCAUCGCAAGCGCAGCGGCAUCUACAAACAACGGAACCACAUUCAUCACGACCUCCGCCAUAUCCAGCGGUCCCACAGAUGCCGUACCCGUCGCCAUAUGUUGGUCAAUAUCCGCCGAACCCUCUGAAUACUCAGCCUCCACAGUUUCGGCCACCAGCUGUGUACCAAAACCCUCUACUGCAUGCGCAUCAAGCACCUGCAGCCUCAUUACCACUUGGUCGUGGUCAAGUCAAUCAUGUGCCGAUCAUCGUUCUACCGCCACGACACAGUCGUUACUCAGCACCGAUCGAGUGGCUUCGCAGGAACUUCACAGCCGACCCCAACGCGUUCGUCAACCAAAUCGCUCUUUGGGAGGCAUUCCGACACAUUUUCGGCUAUCUCCACAACCCUUUUAACAUCGGCGCGACAGAACUCAUCCGGGAUGUGCUACCACAAGCCUUCACUACGGUAGCCGUCCUAGCUGACCGUUCACCGGAUGGAAGAUAUAUCGUUCGCGGCAUCAAACCGAAUCUUCAGCGGAAUCCAGGAGGUCUGGAGUCCAUGGUCCCGCCUCCAAACCCGAGAGCUCCACAACCACAGCAUCCUUAG